GCAAGGCCUCCGGAGUGCCUAGAUCUCGCGGCUUUCUUCUCGUGUGGGAUCAAUCCUUCAAUGCCGAAACACGGUACAUCUGAAUGGUUGAAUGAUGCAGCCUGGGAACCGGGCACCGCUUCUCCAUGGUUCCGUCAAAGAGACAUCAAGUCAGUACCUCAGAGGUGUAUAUAUAUCUUGCCUCCGCGCCGCCAAACUCCGCUUUCUCCACUCCACGUCCAGGUAGGCAAUUAAACGCCUGAAUAAUUGAAGUUUGAAUUAUCGCAAGCCCCAGAGUGCCCAGUCGCCGCCAAAAUGUAUCUGCCCACUAUCGUCACGCUUACCUUGUCUUCUCUUGCCGUGUCUACGGCUCUGCCCACGACCUCUUCCUCCCCCAUGAGCUUCACUGGCAAAGGCCAGCUCCGCACCCUCUGGAGUGAUGGCGACCACACCGACCUUGGUUGUAUCACCGACGCCGGCCUGUGGACGGGCAACAACACUCUCUGCGGCACCUUCACCGGCACCCCGACCAGCAACAGCAACCUCCGUACCUUCAAUCUCACCUCAGCAGCGGGGCCGUGCCGAAUCUGGGGCAGCACGUUCAUUUGUGAGCAGUGGAAUGGGGGUUAUCCAUCCAUUUACGAAUUUGGAAUCUGGCCGUACCCCAACUCGAUCCCUGGCGUGGAUUGUCUGCGCUGGUCGAAAUAUGGGAUGAUGGGCAACCCUGAAGGUAACCCGACGGGUCCGGAGGAUUCGCCGCGGGAGAUUCGUUUGCUUUCGUACAUCGAAAAGCCAAAGUGGGUGUGGUUGACUUGGGAGUCGUUGGAGAAUUGAGGUUUUGCUCUCUAAGACUGUUUCUAUGGUGACGGUGCCGACUCGACGUUGAUGCAACUCUAUCAGAAGAACAUAGAAAAUCUGGUCUUUCUGACAGGUCUUGAAACCGUCCCUAUAAUUUGUACGUAAUGUCUCGCACAGGGAGAGACGACUUAACUGACCGAGACGCUCUUCGCUCGCUCGUCGCUCGAAGCAACAGGACGAUGUCAGUUCAUUGCUCAAACGGGACGGGUUGGAUGAAUGGAUGGUAGGAAUUUAUUUCGCCCGGAGACACGAAGCCUAAAG